AUGAACGGUGAAGGCAAUCCUGUAGGCGCUCUUGAGUAUAAGAGCCCGCCCGUGUCCCCCGGAGAGAUGUGCCAGUACGUGUGGACGACGUGGACGCUCUGCGCCGAGCGGCCGAACCACGCGUGCCUGCUGGCCGUCACCUUCUGCGGCGACGUGCUCGACAUGCUGCCGGCGGGCCGCUACCGGGGGGCGCUCGAGGGGACCCUGCAGCUCGCGACCGUGGGCGUCCCCGACGGGGUCAGGAGGCUCGUGUCGCGCCACUGCAGGCGCAAGGUCGAGACGAUGAAGCAGCAGUGCGCGAGGGCGGCCUGCCCCGCCUGCACCGGCAGCCCGCUGCCGGACAAGGACGUCCUGGGCCCGUGGCUGGACAUGGCCAACCUGCCCGCCGUCGCCAACUCGGGCCUGGACUAUCUCUCCUUUCCCGGGGGCGCCACGUACACGGGCCCGCUUCCGGUGCCUCCCGAGCCGGGGGACAACGACAACUCCAAGCCGGAUGAAAACACCACCUCCAAGCCGGAUGGCAGUGGCAAUCAGGCGUGA